UGCCGCGGGGCCGACGGGAAGCUGGCGGACUAUGUGCAUUUUUCCCUCAUUACCUCACAGGCGGGGAGGAGGCUGCCGGGAGCGCGGAGGACCUUCCCUCGGCCUCGCUCCAGUCCUCCAGCUCCCCUCGCUGCCGCCGGCCCCGGGAAGCGCGGCUCCCGGCGGGUCCUGCCCGCCCUCACGCCCGCCGGGCCCGCUUCUCCGGGGAGCCUCGCCAGGGCCCAUGGCUCCAUGAGGCGGCAGCCGGGGCAGGCGGCGGCGGCGGCGGGGCAGCAGCGGCGGCGGCGAUUGGGCUGAGGAGGGGAGAGGCGGAGCGCGCCCGGCCCGGGACGGGGCAGGAGGGUUCUGCAAGUGCUUCAGGCAGCAAGUUUUGAAGCAGGAUGGGAAAAAGACGCUGUGUUCCUCCCCUUGAGCCCAAGCUGGCAGCUGGCUGUUGUGGGGUAAAGAAGCCCAAGUUGUCCGGGAGCGGAACGCACAGUCAUGGGAAUCAGGCCACAACUGUACCAGGCUCCAGUUCAGGUCCUCUUCAGAACCACCAGCACACAGAUGGGAAUAAUGGAAGGGAGAACGUAUCUGACUUGACUUUGGGCCCAGGAAAUUCCCCAAUUACUCGAAUGAAUCCCACUUCAGGAGCUCUGAGCCCGCUUACUCGGCCCAAUGGAACUGCCAAUAGCACCAAGAACCUGGUGGUGACAGCGGAGAUGUGCUGCUACUGCUUCGAUGUACUCUACUGUCAUCUCUACGGUUUCCCUCAGCCACGACUUCCUCGAUUUACCAAUGACCCCUAUCCACUCUUUGUGACGUGGAAGACGGGGCGAGACAAGCGGCUUCGUGGCUGUAUUGGGACCUUUUCAGCCAUGAACCUUCACUCAGGACUCAGGGAAUACACAUUAACCAGUGCACUUAAGGACAGCCGAUUUCCACCCCUGACCCGCGAGGAGCUGCCCAAACUCUUCUGCUCUGUCUCCCUCCUCACUAACUUUGAGGAUGCCAGUGACUACUUGGACUGGGAGGUUGGGAUCCAUGGGAUCAGAAUAGAGUUCAUCAAUGAGAAAGGUGUCAAACGCACAGCCACGUAUUUACCUGAGGUUGCUAAGGAACAAGACUGGGAUCAGAUCCAGACCAUAGACUCCUUACUCAGGAAAGGUGGCUUUAAGGCUCCGAUUACCAAUGACUUUAGGAAAACGAUUAAACUCACCAGGUACCGCAGUGAGAAGGUGACAAUCAGUUACGCGGAAUACAUGGCCUCUCGUCAGCAUUGUUUCCAGAAUGGCACUCUUCAUGCCCCUCCCCUCUACAAUCAUUACUCCUGACACACGGCUGCAUGACCAGUCCCACCCCCCAGUUGCUGCCAAUGGCUACGACAUCAUCGGGGCAGACGCCUCUUCUUCCUGGUCCAGUUACUUCUAUUACUGCACCAUUUUAUGAUGCUAGCUUCCGUUGCCAAGUCUGCCUUCCAGCUGACCUGGGGGGAGGAUGAGAGCGUGACAGAACUUCAGGGGCCCAAGCCUUAUCUCAGCCUUCCCUCCAAGUGGGGAUUUAGUUGGAUUGGAGCUCCAUGCCUACGAACUGUCGUGAGGUGCAGAAGACCUCUAGGAGUGAAAGCGCCACUUCAGAGCGACCUGUUUGCGUUUGUUACCGACACUCUGGAAGCUUGAGUUGUUCCUUAUGGAAGCCCCCCAGAUCAAGUAGGAGCAUUCCCCUGGCAGCCUGGGCAACGGAGUCCAAUAAAACAUUUUUUAGGUUCUUUUUAAUUUUUUUUAACCUCUGGUAUCUGUUGUGUACCAAGAGCUGAUUGCUGUCCCCGCGCAUCACAGGUGGACGUUACAAUACAGAGAGGGUUGAACAGCUGGAUAGCACCCCAUCCUCACAGACAGAAAGCAUUUAAGAUGUGAAAAUCCUUUGGGUGGUAUUGCAGAUGAAUCUGUUAUUUAAGUAAGCCCUAGAAGGCUCUAAUUCUCAGAUCCCGCUGUAGAUGGAUUCCCUAGAACUCCCUUUGGUUUACAGUUCGCUGGGUUUUUUAGGUGGUGCUUUGUAAUGUAGCCUGCUAUGAAAUAGAAUGCAGUUUUGCCUGUAGGAGUGCAAAUUGUCAUGCUGUGUACAUGAAGGACAAGGUAACCUGAGUGUACCCUGGACAGUCUUUGCUGUUACUGCCCUGUUUUGUGUCAAGAAUUUUUAAGAGAGCUUGACUGGGGGUGGGGAGGGGUUGGCAGGGAAUAGACUGUAGUCAUACAAGGGAGACAAGUGACUAAAAUUUCUUUAGAAACUGUCUUGGGGACCUUCCUUUUCAUAGGACAGCCACUUUCUCUAGUGUGACUAUCAAUCUUGAGAUUUGUCAGUAUUCUGGUCUACGGUGGGCCUGCUGUAUGAAGCUGUGUAGUUUUGCUGGUCAUAUAUUGUACAGCUCUUUCGUUACCACAUCAAGGCAGUGAGUGGGGAAACCCUAAACUGUAUGACACUCACGUGCACUUUGUAUUUCUUCUCCUGUUAUUGACUGCAAGAAACACUGUGUUCUAAGAGGAAGAUGUGUUCUCCAGUUGUCUGGCAGUGUUGUUAAGGGGCACUCUGUCAAUGAAGUUACUGGAGUUCCAACAAUUCGGAAACAUUUCUGGAGGGUCAGCAAUGAUCAGGAAAGAAAAUACAAGUGUAUAACAGAGUGGUGGCUAUUUGGUCACACAUACCUUUAGAGUUUGCUUGUGUGUGGUAAUAAUGGCUUUUAAAAUUGGCUGCUGUUCUGAGCCUGAAAUUCACCCCUGGCGAGGCAGGGAAAAGGCUGGUAGGAAGCUCAGGACUGCGUGCUGCUGCUCUUUCUGGUCUUAGAGAAGAAAACAAGCCUGGGUGGUUUUGCUUCACGGUGGUGUCCCGUCCUCCUGCUGCCGGGGGGAGAGAGACGUGAGGGAAAGGAGGGAGCCCUGUUCUGGAUAACUGUGCAAUACUGACCCAGCUUUCCUCCUGUACUGGGUCGUUUUUAUAAAUUGCCGCUUUUCCCUUGCGAUGCUGUUGAAGAGCAAUUGAAGAUGAAGGGAUUGUUUUGCCAUUUCCUGCUGCUGAGAAUCAAUCGGUCUUGUUACGAACUCGAGGAGUUUGUAAUUACUCUCCCAGGUGCCCUGGAGUGAUGAGGGAGGACAGGGUCAGCUCUGGACAAUACCAUUCACCACCGUUCAGCUGUCAAACAGUACGAUACAUAGGGCUACACUCAUUACUGUUCAAGUGUUCUAUGUUAGAAUUUAAUUUCAUAAAGGUUUAAAAAGAGCAAAAAAAAUGGUGCUAAAACUUCACCCCUGAGCACGCUCAGUGAGACUGGUCAUGCAGGCAUACAGUGCCAGGCUUCUCAACUCUUCUUUUUCAAGCAUUUGCCCUGUUCUGCGUCUUCACCAGUGUACAGUGUUUUCCUGAUGUCAUUUUAUUGCAGUAGGGGAUGACGAAGGGGUGGAGUGGGGAAGGUCAGCUGUCCUUUCUAAAGAACAGAAUUUUCGGGUUGAGUGACAUGGUUGAAUAAGCUUGAGGUGGGCUGGGUGGUUUGGCACUGGGGAAGCCUUAUCCUCUCCCACUUCCAUUUCCCUGUUCAGUCUGGAUUAAAAAAACAGCAACAAAAAAGCCUCUAAAUACGUACUGUGUUCUUGUCUUGCUGCAGUGAGAAGAGAAGCUAGCAAAUCAGAACCACUGGUCUGCUGUGUUAGAAACAGGCCCUCUCAGCUUUAGUCCCAUAAGGGUCCAGCUAUGAAAUCAGUUGAAAAGUGUGUCGAUUUAGUGAAAUUAGCUCAGAAAAAUGUAUGACAAGGACAGGUGGUCUCGGGAAAUAAUCCCAUUUCUAGAUCAUUACGUGGCAGCUAUGCAUAAGGAUGAAAGGAGAGAACUAGAAACAAAAUGCAUUUUGAUUUGCCUCCAGAUGGAGGUAACAAAAAUCAGUGACUCAACAUUUUUUCUGUGGUUACUUUUUGGGGACAGCAGUUUAGAACUACUCCCUGUAAAGCAAUUGUCACCUGGUUUGAUGUGGAUUCAACUCAUCCUUAGAAGCAAGUGCCUUUUGGUCUAGAAGGGCUUAUUCUCAUGACAGCCACAGCUGAGAAAUAAUCUCACUGCAAGUACGAAUUGUCUUUGUUUUACAGCAAAUGCAGGAGAAUGUCUUUGAUCACUGGAGUCUGUCAGUGUUGGAACGUUUCCGCUGUGAGGUUCUUAAACUACUUCUUUUCAUGUUUAAUAGUCAAUCUCAACUGAGAUCACUUCAGUCUGGGAAGGUUUUAUGGUCAAAAUAUCACAUAUCUACAAUUUAUAAGAAAUAAAGACAAAUUCUGUAAGAAAUCUAAGAGAUCGUUUUAACCUUUGCACAGGAUAAUUUGUUUUCAUUGUACAUUAACCUACAUCUGCAAUCUUCACUGACUAUUAGUGCUGUUUUCUGUUUGUAUUCUGGAAACUACAUGUCAUUAUGUUUUGAGUUAUUUUGGGGUUAAUUUAUUUCCUUAAAGCAGGAGACCUCUUUUGACCUUCAGUGCAGAUGUCAGACCAAUUCUUUGUAUUACACUUGGUUGCCUCCUACCUAUAUAAUAACUUCUGAGUGUAAAUAAUGGAACUCUAUCCUCUAAUGAAGUAUUGUAGAGAAUAAAUCAUAAU